AUGAAAGUGUCUUGCCUUUAUUGUGUAUACCUCUGCCUUGCAUUUUGCGAGGGCUUAACAAUUCAAUCAAGUGUGGUUUUAAGGAAGAAAGGGAAUACAACGAGUGAUAACUCAUUAGAAAACAAAGACUUGAAUGAAACAAGUAUCUUAACAUCCUGUCCACGUCAGUUUGGAAAAGAAGGGAUAUUCAAUAUUAGCCUUCCGGGUCUCGAACCGUUUCCCGUUGUGUGCGAUGCUAAAAUUGCGGGAGCAGGUUGGACAGUAAUUGCCAGUCGGUCAAAUGUGAACCUGAAUUUCUUCAGGAAUUGGACGGACUACAAAAAAGGUUUCGGAGACAUUUCCGGUGACUUCUUUAUAGGACUCGAUAAGCUCCAUUCUAUUACUAAGUCCCAAACCCAUGAAUUAUAUAUUCAUUUGGAGGAUUUCGAUGGGGUCACACGUUUCGCUCAAUAUGACGAUUUUUACAUUGAAAAUGAAAAUGUGUCGUAUCAAAUGACGAAAUUAGGAACUUUUACUGGAGAUGCUGGAGAUUCAUUAACUCAUCACAAGGGUCAAAAGUUCUCGACUUAUGAUAGAGAUAACGAUUCACAUUCAAGCAAGAAUUGUGCUCUUGAACGCCUAGGUGGUUGGUGGUAUAACGACUGUGCUUAUAGCAAUCUGUUUGGAAACUAUUACACAGGGCAAUAUGACGGCUCUAUGGCAGAGAAAGGCAUAUAUUGGCAUUAUUUUCGUGGUAUGAGCUAUUCCUAUAAAACGAUGAAAAUGAUGGUGCGACCCAAAUGCGGAUGUUAAGCCAAGGCAAAAAAAAAAAAUUAAACACAAUAAUGUCUUAUUUUUAUGUAUAACCUAUUCUUUUAUUCAUUUUAAUA